AUGGAUCAAGAAAACGAGAGAAAUAUAUCCAGGUUAUGGAGAACCUUUAAGACAGUCAAGGAAAUGGUCAAGGAUAGAGGCUAUUUUAUCGCACAAGAGGAAAUUGAGCUGCCUUUGGAAGACUUCAAAGCUAAGUACUGUGACUCUAUGGGGAGACCGCAAAGAAGAAUGAUGUCAUUUCAAUCAAAUCCUACUGAAGACGCAAUCACUAAAUUUCCAACUUUGGGAUCUCUUUGGGUUGAAUUUUGUGAUGAACCAACAGUUGGUGUCAAGACAAUGAAAACCUUUGUCAUACAUAUCCAAGAGAAGAAUUUCCAAACCGGUAUUUUCGUUUAUCAAAAUAACAUUACACCCAGUGCGAUGAAAUUAGUUCCAUCUAUACCUCCAGCUACUAUUGAAACAUUUCAUGAAGCCGCAUUGGUUGUUAACAUCACACAUCAUGAACUGGUUCCAAAGCACAUUAAGUUGAAUGAAGAAGAGAAGCAAGAGUUAUUAAAAAGAUAUAGACUUAAAGAAUCGCAAUUGCCUAGAAUCCAAAGGGCAGAUCCAGUAGCAUUGUAUUUAGGACUCAAGAGGGGGGAAGUGGUCAAGAUUAUUAGAAAUAGUGAAACAGCGGGUCGUUAUGCCAGUUACAGAAUUUGCAUGUGA